GGUCUGGUUUGCUGGUUGCGCUCGGUGCUCGUCAGUGUACAGUAGUGUUAGCAGGGUUAGCUAUUCUAGGUAAAGUUAGAUUAUGAUGAUUCUGAUGCUUUAGGAAUUAAAUAUUCAUCAGAGUUCUGACCAGAAUCAGAGGAGAUUAUAUCAGAGACCCAUCUUCCUUCAGUAUUAUCUAAUCUCCUUAUGGUGUGAGAGAGCCUCAGGUGUCUCAGCUCUUCUAGCAUGGACAGUAAUCAGAGCUCUCGCAGUGAGGGCAGUGCUGAGCAGUCCAGCCUGGUUUCUGAAGAUGGGAAAAAUAUAAAGUCAGUGGUGUGCCAGCGCUGCGGCUCUAAGGUGCUCUGCGCAGGCACAGCUGUGCUUACAGAGAAAGAGCUGUUUCUACCCUCGAUGCGGAAGAAGAACAACAUUAACCAGUCUGACGGGACGUUAGACGGGGACACGUUAACGGCUCACUGGCUGGUAGAUGACAUGUACACCUUUGAGAAUGUGGGCUUCACCAAAGACGUGGGUAAGGUUAAAUAUCUCAUCUGUGCCGACUGUGAAAUCGGACCCAUAGGAUGGCACAGCCUGGACGACAAGAAGAGUUUUUACGUAGCGCUGGACAGAGUUAACCAUGAGUAGCGUGGUGUUGGGUAAUAUUGUACGCUAAAUGCCCUUUUUGACCAAGAGUCACACACCCAUCCCUGAUCAUCAGCAAGCAGGGACCCUCAUACUCCCAUUUUUCAUACUGGAAAGUUGUCUAUUUUGUUUUGUUGUUAAUUUUCUGGUCAUAAUGUGGUAAUAUUUUAUAAAUAACAAUCUUAACUCUGUUACCUUGCUGUCAGUUACAGUAAUUACAAUAUAAUUAAACUGAUACAGAAGUGAGUACACUGAUUAAAUACUUUUAUCAUUCCCACCCAUAAUGUGUCUGUGCUGUAUAAUUUUGCUGUUUAUAGCUGUUAUGCAGUAAAGAUGAAUUAUUUAGCAGAAUGUCUCAUUAAUCUCACAUGUUAUACUGUUAUACGUUUUGCUGUGGUUAUGUUAAACUCCUUUUCACGAAAGCAGAAGAAUUGGAAUUUAGAAAUAUUGUUUAAUGGAUUUGGAGUUUGGAUUAAUAAACUGAUAAAUACAAAUUACAA